AUGUUCCGAACUCCAGGAUUAACCAAGACUGAAUCUCUUGUGGUGGAAUUGAUUGAACGGCUGCCAGUAUUCUUGCAGAGCUCUGAGCAGCACUCUGAGCAGCACUCUGAGUUGAAUACCACUAAAGAGGUUGCUGGCUACUCGAUUUAUAUGGACAACUACUUCACCUCUGUUGCUCUAUUCCACUAUCUUUGA